AUGACAGACUCAACCUCGGAAAGUUCAGACGAAACUUCCGAGAUUUCAGCUACUUUGUCCAGUCGUUCUGAUGUUGCUCGGUCGAUAUGGCAACGAUGGCGGCCUGGACAAUACUUUGCGGUCUGCAUCGUGACCGGCGCAGCUACAGCUUUGCUGUUCCCCCAGCAGCAUUCUGAACUCGUCGGCGGCAUUGUUACUGACCCAUGCCGUGAUUUCCUGGGCAUGUUUUUCUUCUGCGGGCUGAUGCUGACUAGUCUUGCAGCUGGUUGUGCGGCGGCCUUCCUGGGAAAAAGGGCUGCUGCCUCAGCUCACGCAAGGUCAGCUUGUGGUUAUGCUGUCGUGAACUGGUUGCAAGCCAUACUGAGCUCAGUGAGCUUGCACACAGUGAACACCGAUUGUAUGUACGGUGUCGUGCAAGAGCAUCAGUAUGCACCUCUCGUACUAUGCAGACUGGGGCUCUACGUAACGGGCUCCUUCUGGAUACAGCUGCUUAUAGCUUCGAGACUCGAGCUCCUAGAGAAGUCCUCCCAUCGGAAAUUCCGGAGUGGAUGCAUGCGGAAGCUCAUCUUUGUGCAACAGGCGGCCUGUGCCACGGUGAUUGCAACCUCGGCAGUUUGCUGUCUUGCUGCAGGGAUGUCUUGGACUUCGGAUGGGGUGCUACACAUCAUCAUCUGGGGAGUGUCCCUGACCAUGUCUUGCAACGUGGCGGCGAGCUUCGUGGCAAUCUGCUCGCUGAUCCAGUGCUUCCUGGAGAUGAGAAGGGUUUUGCACGCGGCAGAGCUCAAAGACACUCCCGUUGCUGCGUUGUCCGCUUUAAGACAGGCCCGAAGGUUUGCUGCCCUGCAAGUGAUGGGCGUAAGCUUCCGCAUCGUUUUUACGAUCUUGGUAGUUCCAGCAGCCAUCUUGGGCUACCGGGACAUCCAGCUCCAGGUUGAGCUUGUCUGGGUCAUCUUCUUCGUCCAGGCACUCUAUUUCCUCGGGAACGCCGGCGCCGUGCUCUUUCUCUCUGGCAGCCACCGUCUACCAAAGGUCGAGAUGGGCCACGGACAGUGUGGCUUUUUUUGCUGCCCUGAGCCCAAGGCCUCUGCGAAUGCCCAAAAGGCAGAGCCCAAAGACAGCGAGUGGAGCCCCGGGUGGCUGGCAAAAGUGGAAGAGCUCUCACUGCGGGGCAUGACCUUACGCAGCCUACUUCAUUUCUACCAAGACCAGCUUCCUUACAUGGACUGGCAGUAUGUGCCCAGCGUGCACAAGACCAGAGACGUCGUCCGCAGGGCGAUCAUCCCCCUGACCUCAGAGGAAGAGUGCGCCUACGCAGUCUCGAGUCUGAACAAGGACGGUGCUCAGAGGGCCGGUGUUAUGGUGACCCACAACUGGGGCAACUCUUUUAAGGACUUGCUGGCAGCUGUGAUCUCCGAUGCUCUUAAGGAGUGCAGCUUUAACCUGGCAGCAAAGUUGCUGGAGAAAGACAGCAUCCUCCUGUAUGAGAUGUUGGCUCAGAGCGGUCGCUUGGAUGACACCUAUUGGGUUUGUGCGUUUGCGGUGAACCAGCACAUCACGAUAUGCCACACCAAUUAUUACGACCGCGAUCCGCUUACAGAUGAGCUGCAUCCAGUGUGCAGCUGCAGCAGCACGAACGUCCGCGAUCUAGAUGGACGAAAUGCCCUUUCAGAGAUCAACAAGUUCGAUGACAUGAUGUAUCACCUUGCAGCAACUGGAGGUUGCAGGCAGGUCAUUGCAGUUGAUCAAUCUCUUGAUCUAUUCAAUCGCGCCUGGUGUGUCGCUGAAAUUGCAGAGGCCAGCCGUCUGCAAAUGAAGCAGUCGUUGAAGCUUGCGUCCAAGGAGACAAUUUUGCGGUGCGCAUGCAGUCUAGAAAACCUAGACGUCCGUUGCAUGCGCGCAUCUUGCGAGACGGACAAGGCGCGCAUACUCAACAAGAUCAAUAGCAGUACGAAUAUCGACCAGUUCAACACCGAGCUGCAAUCUCUGAUUUUCGACCCGAAGUCGGGCCUUCUGGCAUCCUGGCAUGCCAUGGACA